UAUCCCGCGUAUUAUUCUUCAACUUCACUGUACACCCCGCGUUUUUUUCUUCUUCUUCAUUCCGUCAGCGACCCAGCAGCUCUCCUUCCUCAACUCCGGUCACAACAGGGACUUUCACCUCAACUCCGUUCGGAAGCCUCCUUUGUCGUUCACCAGCAGUCUUCGGUCAGAAUUAAUUAACCUCCUCUUUAACCAUGGCUGGUCGCUACGAUCACAACCAGUUUGCCGCAGAAGAAGAAGUCAACCCUUUCUCCAAUCCCGGAACUGCUGCUACAGCCAGAGACUCAAGGUUGUCUCCUCUUCCUCCUGAGCCUGUUGAUUUCAAUUAUGGUCAAGGUUCCACGGUUGAUAUCCCUAUGGAUUCGAAUAAGGAUUUGCGAAAGAAAGAGAAGGAACUCCAAGAAAAAGAAGCUGAAUUGAGAAGUGUCUUUCAACAUUUACACACAAAUAAUGCGAAAACUAAGGAAGUCGCGUGGAGAACUGUUAAGUGUCCUCGUCAACCAUUACAAUCAGUACAAUGUGGAUUCUAUGUUAUGAGGAUGAUGAAAGACUUCGUGACAAAUGAGUUUUCAAUGCGAUGGCUAACUAGUAACUGUGGCGGGAAGAAAUCUUACAGAAAGGAUGAGAUCAAUGAAGUACGUGAAGAAUGGGCACAAUGCGUCAUGGAUUUGAUGAGUACUACAUAGGUCCACUCACUUUUGUUAACUUAGACUUUUAAUGAGAUAUACUUACAAUGUUAACCUAGACUUUCUUGAAGAUAUACACACUUUUGUUGUCUAACUAUAGUUUACAAUGCUUAUAUGAGUCAUUUUGUAAUUAA